AUGGCCUUUGACGUGCUCGUCCCUCCUAUGGCAGCUCAGUGUGAGAGAACAUUCUCAGCUGCUGGCUGCAUGGCCACGCCACGACGGACACGCCACUCGUGGCUAGGUAGAAGAAGUAGAAGUAGAUGCAGAACCCUGCCCCCCCCUCCGCCUUUCUGCCUUCAGAUCUUGUCAAAAUCCGGCACGCUUGCCCAUCACUUGCCUAUCAGGGACGAUCCCGUUCUUGCCGGUGCUGACCCUCGUCCAGACGAUUGGCUCGGGGCGGUUACCCGCGCUGCCCCUCGGGCCGCCGCAUAUGGGCCGUCCCUUGCUGCAAGAGGCUUCCGGAUUCCGGGAGACAAGCUUGCGCCCUCACUCCCCAGAGGACAGGUCUUCAACCCCAGGGGCCAAGCUUGGUCUUCACCCCUGGGGGCCAGCCUUCGUCUUCACCCCCAGGGGCCAAGCUUCGUCUUCACCCCCAGGGGACACGUCUUCCUUCACCACCGGGGGCCAGCCUUGGUCUUCACCCCCAGGGGCCAAGCUUCCUCUUCACCCCCGGGGGCCAAGCUUGGUCUUCACCCCUGGGGGCCAGCCUGCGUCUUGACCCCUAGGGGCCAAGCUUGGUCUUCACCCCCAGGGGCCAAGCUUGGUCUUCACCCCUGGGGGCCAAGCUUCCUCUUCACCCCUAGGGGCCAGCCUUCGUCUUCACCCCCAGGGGCCAAGCUUGGUCUUCACCCCCAGGGGACACGUCUUCCUUCACCCCCGGGGGCCAGGCUUCGUCUUCACCCCCGGGGGCCAAGCUUGGUCUUCACCCCCAGGGGACACGUCGUCCUUCACCCCCGGGGGCCAGCCUUCGUCUUCACCACCGGGGGCCAGCCUUGGUCUUCACCCCUGGGGGCCAAGCUUCGUCUUCACCCCCAGGGGACACGUCUUCCUUCACCCCCAGGGGCCAAGCUUCGUCUUCACCCCCAGGGGACACGUCUUCCUUCACCACCGGGGGCCAGGCUUCGUCUUCACCCCCGGGGGCCAAGCUUGGUCUUCACCCCUGGGGGCCAGCCUUCGUCUUCACCCCCAGGGGCCAAGCUUCGUCUUCACCCCCAGGGGACACGUCUUCCUUCACCCCUAGGGGCCAGCCUUCGUCUUCACCCCCAGGGGCCAAGCUUGGUCUUCACCCCCAGGGGACACGUCUUCCUUCACCCCCGGGGGCCAGGCUUCGUCUUCACCCCCGGGGGCCAAGCUUGGUCUUCACCCCCAGGGGACACGUCGUCCUUCACCCCCGGGGGCCAAGCUUCCUCUUCACCCCCGGGGGCCAAGCUUGGUCUUCACCCCUGGGGGCCAGCCUUCGUCUUCACCCCAAGCUUCGUCUUCACCCCUAGGGGACACGUCUUCCUUCACCCCCGGGGGCCAGGCUUCGUCUUCAACCCAAGCUUCAUCUUCACCCCCAGGGGACACGUCUUCGUCUUCACCCCCAGGGGCCAAGCUUCGUCUUCACCCCAAGCUUCGUCUUCACCCCUAGGGGCCAAGCUUGCGCCCUCACUCCCCAGUGGACAGGUCUUCACCCCCCAGGGGACACGUCUUCCUUCGCCCCUGGGGGCCAGCCUUCGUCUUCACCCCCAGGGGCCAAGCUUCCUCUUCACCCCCAGGGGACACGUCUUCCUUCACCACCCCCCCUCCCUUCCUCAACGCCCUAACCCUAUACCCACCCGCCCCCUCCCCUCCUACUAUGAGGAGGAGAGUCUAGACCAGUCACAGUAG